UUAGUUCAAUUUUGUUGCUCAACGUGUUUAGUAAUAAUGAAGAAAUCUUUAAUAAUCUGCGGCAUCCUGCUGAUUGGACUCGCUGGAGUCGCUCGGGGUGACAGUGAUAGUGAUAGCAGUGAGAGUGGCAGUGGUGAAAAGCGUCACAAUAAGAAACACAAAAAUAAAUAUAAUAAUCCAGCGUAUCAGAAUAUAUACCCACCAGCCGGAUAUCCGUACCCGUAUCCGUAUAAUCCUUAUGGCCCGCCACCUCAGCAGUAUCCCAAUGCCAAUCCGUAUCCUUAUGGCCCGCCACCUCAACAGUAUCCCAACGCCAAUCCGAAUCCUUAUGGCCCGCCACCUCAACAGUAUCCCAAUGCCAAUCCGUAUCCUUAUCCUCCGCCCUAUGGUCCAUACCCUCCAUACCAGCUGCCAAUGAAUCCACCACCUUAUAACCAGCCACCUUAUAUAGUUGCAUCCACUCCUGGUCCUGCUCCUCAACUGUACGGCCCCAAUGGCUCCAAUGAUUCUUCCGAUCAACACUAUGGGCCAGCUUCAAGUGUUAUCAACCAUUCGCUGAAAGUGAACAAGGAGUAUAAAGAGAAUGGCCACCAUACUAGUUAAAAUAUUACUCUGUUUACGCAACAAAUCUAAAUAAAACACUGUUUUUAUGUAAA